AGUUCGAAUUGUGAGUUCGUUUGGGGAUUUUCGAUUGCCGAAACAAUGCGACUUUGGGAAAGUCCAUCGCAUGUCUUUCCGUAUUCAUUCGAACAAGUCGCUGCGGCUUUCUGGGAUCGUUACCCAAACUCAAAAGCUCAGCAUAUCCUCAGUGAAGAUGUCAUCGAACGGCGGAUCGAAGGCGAUCAGAUCAUCACCAAAAAGUUAAUCGUUAAAAAAGGAGCAACAUUUAUGAAGUCAGUACCUCGAUGGAUGAGUAAGCUUGCAAAUAUUCAGGUUGUACCAACGCUUGAAGAGAGCAUUUAUGAUCGUGAAACACGAACACUGACCACAUACACACGGAAUAUAUCAUGCAUAUCAAUGGUCAAUGUGCAUGAGCGAUGCGUUUAUAAACCGAAUGAAAGCCGAUGGGGCGAGUCCGGGAUAAUUCCGGAACAACGAACGAAUCUUGAGCGAGCGGUUUGGGUGGACGUAAAUUAUGGACGUAUUAAUUCACUGAUUGAACGUUUUCUGGUAAUGUCUUUCCGGAAAUCUGUUAAAAAAACUGUUAUCGGUCUGACAGAAAAAUUGGAAGAAAAGUUAGUGAUUUAA